AUGCAAGCACCAAUUUCUCCUCCAGAGAUCACUAAGGAUUCUGCAAGUGAGGGUAACUUCAGUGAGGACGACUACCUUGCAGACCGACGGGGUCCACCCCCGCGGGGCCACCACGGGCCAGUUGGUGCUACUGGACACUACGACCCAAGAGGUGUGCCUCGCAGCCAUGCCGAGAGGGGCCGCCCUCCACUGCUGCCACAUGAGAGAGGGGCACAGCGAGGUCCAGAUCCGCAUCAGCCCCCUCGGGGCAGGGACCGUAUGGAUGAGAGGGACCAAUACUACAUGGAUGGUGUAAUGCGUGGCGAUCCAAGAGCUCGGCAUGCAGGCCACCCAGCCUACAGAGGACCCCCUCCUCCAGGGGGACGGGGUCCUCCACCUCCUCGUGACAAGCGCACACGCUGGUUUGUUGCGCUCUUUGAUUAUGACCCAACAACCAUGUCUCCUAAUCCUGACGCAUGUGAAGAAGAGCUGCCCUUCUCUGAAGGAGACACGAUAAAGGUCUAUGGUGAAAAGGACGCUGAUGGUUUCUACUGGGGUGAAUGCAGAGGUAGAAGGGGAUACGUGCCGCAUAACAUGGUUGUGGAGGUGCAGGAUAUGCCAAAAAAUAGUAUAGAACCUGUAAGGGGACAACAUCCUCAUCCUUCACAUGGACCUCCUCAUUCUCGUGAUCGAUGGGGAGAUAUAUAUGCCAACAUGCCAGUCAAAAAGAUGAUUGCACUUUAUGAUUAUGAUCCUCAGGAACUGUCACCAAAUGUUGAUGCCGAGGUGAGUAGUAGUAGUAGUAGUAGGAGGAGGAGGAGGAGGAGGAGGAGGAUGGAUACAUGUACCAAUUUGACAUUUUACAAAAUUAUAUUAGACAUUGCAGUAAGUGUGGCUAGAUUAGAUCAUAGUGCAAUGUCAAAGAUGUACCAGUAUUUACUCCCUCCAGCAAUUUCCUUAUUAAAAAUUUGGUGUGGCAUAUUUUGGAGCAAAUUUUAUUGA